AAAACUUGGCCGAGGGCGGGCGGAGGCGCGCGGAGCGGGUUCCCUUGCUUUUGGAGCGUGUGGCGAGCGCGCCUGCCCCGCCAGACAGCGCCCUGCCCCGGCACAAGAUGAGCAACAACCAGUUCAACAAGGGACCCAGCUACGGCUUGUCGGCCGAAGUCAAGAACCGGCUUGCGCUGAAAUACGACCCUCAGAAGGAAGCAGAAUUAAGGACAUGGAUAGAAAGCAUCACCGGAAGAGACAUCGGCCCCGAUUUUCAGAAGGGGCUGAAAGAUGGUGUUGCACUUUGCGAGCUAAUGAACAAACUUCAGCCGGGUUCGAUAAGGAAAAUUAAUCACUCAGGCCUCAAUUGGCACCAGCUUGAGAACCUCUCCAACUUCAUCAAAGCCAUGAUGAGCUACGGCCUGAAGCCCGUCGAUGUCUUCGAAGCCAACGACCUGUUUGAGAACGGGAACAUGACCCAGGUGCAGGUGUCGCUCUUGGCGCUGGCUGGCAUGGCCAAGACGAAGGGGAUUGACAGCGGAGUCGACAUUGGUGUGAAAUAUUCCGAGAAGCAGGAGCGGUGCUUUGACGACGCGAAGCUGAAAGCCGGACAGUGUGUCAUCGGUUUGCAGAUGGGCACCAACAAAUGCGCCAGCCAGUCUGGGAUGACCGCCUACGGAACCCGGAGACACCUCUACGACCCCAAAAACCAGAUCCUACCUCCGAUGGACCAUUCGACCAUCAGCCUCCAAAUGGGAACAAACAAAUGUGCUAGUCAGGUGGGGAUGACCGCUCCGGGAACGAGGCGGCACAUCUACGAUUCGAAGCUGGGGACGGACAAAUGCGACGACAGCUCCAUGUCUCUGCAGAUGGGCUACAACCAGGGGGCCAACCAAAGCGGGCAGGUUUUCGGCUUGGGGCGGCAAAUCUACGACCCCAAAUACUGCCCCCAGGGGAACGCCGGAGAGGCGGCCAACGCGGCGCAUAACGACGGGAAUUCGGCGGAAUAUUACUACUACCAGGAAGGGGAGGAGCAAUGAGCCUGGGGAAUUGGGGGGGUGGGUCCCCCUCCGAUUUCCCCCUCCCCGGCAAAUCACCAUUGUACAGUUCCUGCCUCUUAAUUGCCACAGAUACUGCAAUCUUUACAUAUUUGCGUCUUUAAAAAGAAUGAGAGUCUUUUCUCUGCGUAGCAGAGAUGAAAACAGGCUCCCUCAGUCUCGGCCCUCCAG